UGAGUUGGUGUUGUACCUGGCCGUACCCCCUGCAGAGGCAGACAGACAGACAGACAGAGACAUGUCUUGGUCCGGGUCCGGGUCUUGGUCCGUGUCCUCUGGGUCUGGGUCCGGGACCUCGGGGUCCGGGUUCAGCCGGGAGGUGCAGUUUGCCACCGCGCUGCUGUGCAGCAACUCGGGCUCCAUGCCGCUGCUGCAGCUUCACCGCGAGCUGCUGCAGCGCUGCGACAUCACCGAAGAAGAGUUCUGCUGGGUCCUCCAGCGGUGCCCCCGCUUCCUGUUGGUCAGCGGGCCCUCGGAGGACGGCUGGCUGCGGCCGGAGGACUGCACGGUGGUGGCCAGGACGUCGCUGCGGCUGUGCGGCAGGCAGGAGGAGUGCGGCGGCUGCGAGCAGCUGCAUCUCUGCAAGUACUUCAUCUACGGAAACUGCAGGUUCGGGAAGGGAAGGAAGCGUGUGUGUAAGUUCUCCCAUGACAUCCUGUCUGACCAGAACUCUGCGUUGCUGAGAGAGUUCACGCUGCACGAGCUGUCAGAGGAACAGCUGGCAGUGCUGCUGCUGCAGAACGACAACACACUGCUGCCAGAGGUAACACACAGAGACACACACACACACACACACACACACACACACCGCUGUCUCCGCUGGUUUAACGUUAAUAUUUCUACUAAUUUGUAUUUCUUUUUUCUUUCUUUCUCCGUUUGCAGCAGCGGCGCUCGGCCCGUGGACUUCUUGUCAUGGACUCGGGACUCGCAGGCGGUUCGCCGUCUGUCCACGGUUUCCUCGGUAACAAAGCCACCUCACUACGUCCUGACAACUGUUUGGCUGUGGUACUACAGGGCGGAGGGGGGGAACUGGGUGGAGUACGGGCAGCCGGAUGAUCGGCAGCGCACCACAUCGGUGACGUCGCGGACUCUGGAGGAGGCGUUCCAGGCGGACAGAACAGCUGAAGUCAGGGUGGUCAAAGGCCAGAGGGAGUACGUUGUCUGCUUCAAAGACAUGUACCAGAGGAACGCCAGACACAGAACCAAGAGGAGGGUCUGUCGUCGGCCCCGCUUCGUCUCCGUGGCCGAGGUGACGACAGCCGUUCAGGAACCCUGACGUGAAGUGGUCCCGUCUGAGACCGAGCAGACCGGACCUCAUCUCGGUUAACUGGGGGAUGAGAGGGGGGAACGCCAGAGCAGGGGGAAUGAGAGGG